UCCAAAAUCGCUAGGCGAUGCAAACAUUGUGGUCGACGGAAAAAAGCAAAUCUAGUGUAGAAAGUCUAUGAAGAAAUGGCGGCUACGUGAAGCUAGCCGACAAAUGAAGACCCCAAAACAACAGUCCUACUCCCUAAACAUGGAUGAAUGCGGAGAGGARCUUGAACAUCAAGACGACUCGAAGAACGACAAAAUCGAAUAUGGAUUUCAUUUAGAACUUGAAAAUCAAUUUUUAGGAAACCAUGAAGRCGAUUACGUGGAUGAAAGUGAGGACGAUGUUUAUGCUGUUUUGGCUCAAAAAGAAAAGGAUUUAUUAUUAGCCGCAGAAUUGGGAAAAGCACUUUUGGAGAAAAACGAAGAAUUGACUCAAAARUACGAGCGUCUACAAGAGGACUAUGCCCAGCACUCAGAAGAAUUAGAGCAAGAAAAACACGAAUUAAGAUUGAGAAUAGAGAGAAUUGGAAGGUCUCAUGAUUCUAGAGUCCAUGAGCUACAAACUGACAUUCAGUCCUUAAGGAACGAACUACGCUCACUYAAAUCUGCUUCCCUCACGGAUACUGCCUCAAAAAGGAAAACCUUUGCAGGGCUAACCGAAGAAAAUGAGAAACUGAACUCGGAGUUGUGUCAGCUAAAAGAUGACAAUCAUGCUCUAAAAGAGGAGUUAACUAGUCUGAAAAGGMAGCGCCUUUCAAAGAGUUUUAGUAUCGAUGACUAUCAGAAUCAACAAAUUGAAUUUGAAGAGCUUUGUGAAAAGCUUGUGACAAUAGAAGACGAGAGAAAUUUUCUUAGACAAAAUGUAGARGAACUGUUAAGCAGUAAAGAAGUGUUGUCCAAAGAUAUAGAAGAAUUACAGACAAAGAAUGAAGAACUUAAAAAAAACUACAAAGAUGUUAAAAAUCAACUUGAUGAUGCAGAAGAGAARCUAAAUGAAAGUAAGACUGAUAAUUUACACCUAAAAGAUCAGCUGGAUGAGUUAAAAAUUCAGGCGUCAUUAGAUCAAGCAUCUCGAGGAUCGUUAUUCUCUGAGCUUUCAGACAUGUCGCCCGAGGAUGUAACUGAUGGAGAAAUAUCGAAAAUGACACCAGGAAAAGCGGAAAAGCAUCACGUGACUUCCUCAAUAAGUUCACAGAUCAUCACGUCCUCUCCAGCCCCAGCAACCCUGGGCUCUAACAAGAGACCUCGCCAGUAUGCAAGUGUUGAUUCUGAAGAGGAAGAGAGUGACGACAGCGAUCUCGAGUACGACGAAGAUGACGUCGAAAUCGACGGCUUUGUCGCGCGAAACGUUGACUUCUAYGCGCAAUUGGAAGAACAGCAAAAAGUGAAUUCUGAACUAAAAAAGGAAAUAAUCGAAGCCCACAACGAGCUCCGAAUAUGUUACGACAAGUUACGACUGGCUCACGAGAACAGAGCGCAGAAGGUCGAGCCACUAGACCCUAAUAACGAUUUAGAAUCAGGAUGUCUGACUACGUUUGUUCAAAGUUUUAAAGAAGUUGUUGACGAUAUUUUAAAGGUUUAUAAAAAGAAUGCAUUGACAAGAAAAAAUUCGGGCUAUGCGGGAUCGAUGGUUGGUAGCUAUUCUGAUAAUUUGUUGGAUCAAAUUCGUAACCUAAAAGAAGAUCUUUAUGAAGCUUAUAAAGAGAUGGAACAUUUGAAAGAGAAAAAUGUAACCAAUAAAAGCAAAUUAAAACAAAAAGAAUCAGAAGUAGUUACACUAAAUGAUAAGUUAAAAGAUAAAGCAGAGGAAGUAAAACAGCUACAAGACGAACGUAAACGGCUUGUUUUAAAAGAAUGCGACCCCAAUUUGGCGUUCAACAGUGUUUUUAAGCAAGCACUGCUCGAUAAGGAAGAGGCACUUCGAAGAGAAUCCGAAUUAACUCUAGAGCUUGAGAAGACAAAACGUGAUGCCAGUAGAUUAGACAAACAAUUAAUGGAGGCCAUACAACAAAAGAUCGAAUUACGACAUGGCCUCUCUAAUAGAAGAACAAGUCCAGAAGCAAAUGCGGUCUGCGGCAAGCGAAAAAGGAGAAGUUAGAGCAAGAAAGAGUCUAUUUUCRAAAGGAUGGGCGAACUGGUCACCAAGCUCUAAACGCCAAAACGUUCUUUGAUCUUGAAAAAUGUACAGAGAAGUCGUUAUAUAGUUUUACAGUGUAACAUCACAUCGUAUAKAGCGUACUUGCGACAGAUGUUUUAUCGAAUUAUUAUCCCCAUUCGCCAAAAGAUCUAAAAAAACUCACGCCCAGUGCCCGCAACGUCAAUUAAAGUUAUUCCAUAACUCCAUGGAUCUUACAACAUUUUAAACAUUUUCAUUCAAAGGAAUCCUUACUCAUCCCAAAGUCAUUUUGUUGAGAUGUCUCUAAUUGCAUACAUUUGCAACCGGAAACUAAACAUUGYYGGAUUGUCGCGCAAUYUUAAAGUUACUCUYUAAUUAGUUUGUAGCUAUUUUAAAUGUAGAAAAACUAUGUUUUUAGAGAGAUGUUUUUGCUACAUUCCGUUUUAUAAYGACCAUCUUGUACAAGAAUCACGGACUCAUAAAGAAGAGUUUAAAAUUAUUGUAAAUUAAUUGGUUCUAAAUUAAUUUUAAAUACAAAUGUUACAAAGGCGAAAUAAAGGAAAAAUAAGAUUUUGAA